UCAAGUCUGCCCUCUCUUUCACUCUUAAAUAUCCCUCCCCUUUAUCUUCCACUUUCCCUCUCCUGAACCGAACACUAAAAGCCGAAAAAACCAAACACAAAAACUAUGUGCAACAAGAACUCAGGAAGUAGAAGAAGAAGAAGAAAGUCGAAGUCCAGUAGUGUUUCUCUCAAAGCUUCUCGUAAAACCAGAACGAAGACAAGAAAACCAAAGUACCUCAGCCUUCUUCACCUUGAAGAAAACCUACCUCAAAUGAACCUGAACACCAACACCAGCAGCAACAACGACAACAACAAAAGCAAUCACCAACAGCAACUUAACUUGUUUCCACUUCACCCUGAAAACUUGGUUGAAGACAAAGAUACCCAGUACGAUAAUGUUUGUUUACUUUUCAACACGACGGAGGAAGACAACGUCCACGCUGUAACUCUUAAUGGUAUUUUAGACGACGAAAGUAGUGAUUAUAAGAACGAAACGACGACGACGACGACCACCACCACCACCACGUCUGACGAGAGUCCUCUGUCGCCUUCUUUGACGUACGGGUAUAGCGGUGAGGAUCAUACGAGGUCGCUUGAACGGUCGGCUAUGAAAGGGAAGAAGGAGAGAGAUGAGAGUGAAGAGAAGUGGGUGGUUUACUCUGAGGUCGUGGAGAAGAAGGAGAUGGAGGAGGUGAGUAGCUGUGACGGCGGAGGCGGCGGCGACGGUGGUGGAGACCGUGGUGGUGCAUGGUGUAUCAGUAGUGGUAGUAUUAUUAGUAAGAAGAAGAUGAAAAAGUUGUUGGCUUUGAAGCUUGAUUACCAGGAGAUCAUGAAUGCUUGGUCUGAUAAGGGCCCACUUUACAUUGAAGGAGAGUCCCCACACACUGUCCCGGACUUGAACGAUGCUGCCCAUGUGCUAGGGGAUGUUUGGGGUAGUGUUUCUGAUGUAUGGAGGGUCCCGGAAAUGGUUACUAACAAUGUUGGUAGCUUCAAGGUCAAGGAAGAAUAUGAGGGGAAAGAAGAUUGGAGAAGGGGGCAUAGGGAAGCAAGUGUGUUGAGAUACAAGGAGAAGAGGCGAAACAGGCUCUUCUCUAAGCGUAUCCGGUAUGAAGUCAGAAAGCUCAAUGCUGAGAAGCGCCCCAGGUUGAAGGGUCGAUUUGUGAAGAGAGAUUGAGGAAGUGUACAAUCUUGGAGAUGAUCUUGCUUCUUGGAACGAUAAUGGCCAUAGAUUGUAUUAGCCAAUCUCUUUUAGUUCAUUUGUGUGCAUUUUGCAUAGCAUGGACAUUAUGCUAAAACAAAAAAUGAAAAUUUACAUAACCCUUUGGAACCAUACAAAGAGGGAGGAAGAAAAAAAAAAUUGAAGCAGCUGUAAAAGAACUAAUGCUAUUUUCAAUCAGAAAAUCUCAAGUUCGAAUCCUGAAGAGAAGGGGUUUUCUUUUUUGAGAUGAAAGAGGGUCAUAAUGUAUUUGUCCAAAGCCUGAUGAACUUUUAUAUGUACAAAUAAAAAGAAGAGAGUAAAAACAAAAUGCUGAAUUUGAGUGGAAGAGAACAAUUUACGUACUGCA